AUGCUGUCAGAUAUCCAAGUGUUCGUGCGAUGGAAAGACCAACCUAUAUUUGCUGGCGAGAAUGUUGAAUGCACAAUCACCUUCAAACACGUCAUUCCCGAGCCUACCGGUGAUGGUAGAGGUUCGCAAAAACAUUAUAGAGGUGGAUCUCGCCCGGUAAAUGUGAUUGAAAACGGAGCGCGUUAUUCUCCGGCCAGGCCGAACCCCUUUUCGCUCAAUAAUGGCAACCGUCGCCCAGCCUCUGCCGGGCAGAGAUCACGCAAUGGCGUCGAAAGGGGACAUCGUCCCUCAGCAUCGUUGAGCUCGCCGCACUCCCUAAGCCACAGCUUUCCCCCGACUGCUUCUAGUAAUCACGGCAAUGGCAGACCGUUUGGGCACGGCCACAAAAGAUCCGUGUCGAUUAUCUCCGUGGAACAGCCGGGAUUCGCGCCAGAAUCUAAAUCGUUCCCACAUCCUUUCAGCCCCAAGGCAGGCAAGGGGCAUGUUCGUUCAGCGAGUCUUCAAGCUCCCAUGAUGAGGAACGAUAUUUACGGCAAUGGGACUCAGUCUGCACCCCGCUCGCCGUUGCCUCGACUUUCAUCGGCCGAUUCGCGCUCCAGCCUGUCUCUCCCAUUUGGUAGACCGGAAGGAGAUAGCCCUCGAGGACCUGGCCGUUCGCCAACCUCCGUUGGUCGCCGGGCUCGCCAAUCUCCACAAAAGCGUGGGGGUCCAUUUCCAACAGACUUCAAAUUCCCUCAGACUCCGCAGUCACUCGACGAACAUGAAAUGGGCGUUUCAGCCUUGUCGAGCAGCCCGCGGAUCGAUGAAGAAACUCCACCGUCAAAUUCCUUUCCGGUUUCGCCAAUUUCAAAUGUUGAGUCCAAGAAGCCGCUAGAACUGUCGGGGCAACUGACUCCGGCAACAAAGAUUCUAUCUAAUUCCGUCGUCGACGGGAGCACUAGAAGCAGUGGCGAGUUUUAUUCGCUAAGCAACAAUUCUACCGAAACACUGGAAUCCGAGUAUAUAUUGCCAAUGGGCCAGUCGCGACCCCCACUACGACACCGCAGACAUUACUCCAACCUAGACUCCUUCUCUGGGAAUCAAACUUCGCGAUCCCAGAGACUGCUAAUGGGCUAUGCCCAAAUCAGUGCCUCUUUUACUAUUGAUGGGUCCCUGGUGAAUCCGUCCAUUUUUGAGGAAGUAAAACGCAGCGCUGUUAUGGGUAACCAAGGCCGUAAGGAUGCGUCCUCAAAAUCAGAGAAAUCUCGGCACAGUUUCUGGGGGAACCUAGGCUUGUCAAACAUUGGAGAUUCAAUCAACGGCCUAUUAUCAGGGGGGGAACUGAAUGGUUUACGUGAAAUGAGAGGCGUGUCCUCUUCUCAGUCCAUCCCAUUGCUCUCGACUCCACAGUCACUUUUAUUCGUCGACUUACGUUUAGACCCUGACGAGGAAAAAUCGUUUUCUUUCUCAUUUACUUUACCCAAAGGACUGCCAGCAAGCUAUAAGGGUAAAUCCAUUGUGUUUUCUUACAACCUUAUUAUUGGUACACAGCGAGCUGCCAACCCGAAUGAUCUUCAUCGCAUUAAUAUCCCUUUUCGAGUUUUUAGUGGUGUUGAUGGCCAGGGAGUUGUGUUAGGACAUGACCUUAUGCGUCCAUAUGUGUUAUUGAGAGAUGAAGCGCGUGUGCAAAGAGUUGAGAGCAAUUCGUCCCGUCCAUCGAAGGAAAAGAGCAUCAGCGCCAAACAAUGGACGUCAGCCCCUGAAUUUUUGUCCUACGUGGACGAGAUUCUUGGGCAGAAAUCCCGCCGAGAGUCAUUUAAUUCCAUCACAAGUCCUAUGGAGCUGCAGUCGAUCCCGGCGCCACUUAAUAGAUUGAUGUCUUGCAAAGAUUCCAUUGACCUAGCAAUUCUACGAAGUACCCAGUCCUGUACGUCUGGCCAAAGCACCAAUCGCUUCGAGAUAUCUCGCAAUGGUCGACGCAUUGCUGUUGUUGUGUUUAACAGGCCGGCACACCGCCUGGGAGAAACGAUAGUGGCAACUAUCGACUUCUCCAACUCCGCACUUCCCUGCUACUAUCUCCGCGGGUCGCUAGAGACUUACGAGAAAGUAAGCCCAACGAUAGCUCUUCGAUCCAGCGCCAGCAUCACCAGAGCCACUAGAAAGACCCACGCUACCUGCUUUGAGAAUACUUUGUAUUCUACCAAAGUCGCAUUUAUGCCCUCGAUCCCCGUCUCAGCCACACCAACACUCAUAACCUCCGGAGUUAAUCUUGAAUGGCAACUUCGGUUUGAAUUUGUGACUUGUGGCUUACACUAUGAGGAAGAUGUGGGUAUUUCUGGGAUCAAUCUGCUUGAAACCGUGGAGCGAGACGAUCGAGGGACGGUGUUUGCGGCGCUGGAAAAUAUAUUCUGUCAGUCAUUCGAGGUUUCUAUUCCGUUAACCGUUUAUGGGGGAACAAUGCAAGAGCCUGAAAACGAGGAGUUACAAGGAUAUCCGAUAUAA